UAAGAUACCAGUUACUUGAAGUACGAUAAUCACGUGUAUUUACACACAUGUUUAUCGUUACACAACUUUAAUGUCAACAACUUCAUAUAUAAUAUUUUGUUUAACCGGUUUAAAGAAUUACAAUCAUGAUUAUCUUCGACGUCGAUGAAAACAACUUGGCAAUCUGUGCCAUAAUAACUGUCGUGAUGCAGUUCGUGUUCUUCUUGAUUGCAUGUACAUGUAAAUUUGACAAAGUUACAGAUUUUGCUGGUGGAACAAAUUUUGUUGUUUUAGCGGUGUUUACAUUUUGUCUAGCAACAACAUGGAAUUGGCGUCAAAUUAUGCUUACGGCAUUUAUAGUAAUUUGGGGUUUACGAUUGUCUGGUUAUCUACUAUACAGAAUUAUAAAAAUUGGAGAAGAUAAAAGAUUUGAUGACAAAAGAGAAAACUGUCUAGCUUUUGCGGGAUUUUGGACUUUCCAGGCAGUUUGGGUGUUCACAGUAAGUUUACCAGUUAUCUUUGUAAAUGCACCAGCUAGUGCAACUAAGUUAAAUCCAGAUGACAAUUGGACCCCACAAGAUAUAGUUGGCGGUAUCUUCUUUAUUGUAGGAUUGUUAUGUGAAGCUUUUGCUGAUAUACAGAAGUUUAAUUUUCGUAACAAUCCUAUAAACAAAGGAAAAUGGUGCGAUACUGGUUUGUGGAAAUACAGCAGACAUCCUAACUAUUUUGGAGAAAUAGUAAUCUGGUGGGGAGUAUUUAUCAUUAGUACAAGUGUACUAACAUAUGGUCAGUGGGCUGCGAUAUUAAGCCCACUUUUCACAAUGACCAUACUGUUAUUCCUUAGUGGAAUACCUCUUUUGGAAAAGAAGUCGGAUGAACGGUAUAGAAAAAAUGAGUCAUAUAUUGAAUACAAGAACCGAACAAGUCCUUUAGUGCCUUCACCUCAGUCAUGCUAUGGAGCGUGUCCGAAUUUUCUGAAAUGUCUUUGUUGUUGUGAGUUUCCGUUAUAUGACCACAUGAAUGAAGAAAAUGAGAAAAUUGAAAUCAAAUCUGAUAACAUAGAACCAGAUUCCAUUGAAAUCAAGACUUGAUAAUGGCCAAAACUUCGUUUAUUGUGCCAGUAAGUACCUGGAAUUAGAGUUGAAACAUGCCGAAGGACAAAUAUUCCUAUUAUGGGGAGCAUAUGCGAACAACGAUCAUUUAUUAACUACUAUACAUAUUUUUAUAAAACAUUUGUAGUGCCAUUUGGAUGUUAUCAGUUCUUAGAACAAGUUGAGAGUUAUAAUUAAAUAUAUGUAACUUCAUUA